AUGCCUGAGAAUACCAAUGCCCCUAUGCCCACUCCUAUGGCACACUCUUCACGUCUUACUAGUCAAGGCGACCUCUUCAAUGAUGAAGAUGCCUCCUCCUACCGAAGACUCAUUGGCCGCCUCAUCUACCUCACCAAUACCAGACCCGACAUCACCUUCUCUGUCUAUAAUCUUAGCCAAUUUGUUUUCCCUCCUACUUCCCUACAUCAACAAGCUGCUCACCGCAUUCUUAGAUACCUUAAGGGAAGUCCUGGCAAUGGAAUCCUCUUCCAAAGAACCAACACCAAUCAACUCAAAGCCUAUAGUGAUUCUGACUGGGCCACCUGUCCCGAAUCCAGAAAAUUUAUCACUGGUUACUCCAUUUAUUAG